AUGUCGGCAUAUUACUACGGCGCACACCACGCACACCCCACUGCUGCGGCUUCCAACUCGCAAAAUCAUCAUGGCCGGAGUCGAAGAGCACCGAGGCUAUCGAUGUCACAAAAUCCCAACCGGCAAUUUAGGACGGUCCGGAGUCUCAAGGAGCUGUCUGACUCGACUGCGUUAAUGAAUUUCCGGACUCGGUUUGAGGCCACCCGAUCAUUCGAUCUCGAAGACGACCUGGAGUUCUGCCCCGGUUUGCUGACGGACAGCGAUCUGGUCUCCAUUCACAGCGCAUCGGAACGCUCCUCCCUCGCCAGCAAUUCUCCCGAGUCUUCGCCCACCCAACAGCCUCAGACCGUUGCCCCAGCCUUCUCUCUCAACUCGGCCUCUCCAGCUUUCGUCCCUCCCGCCUUCCAUAGCCAACAGUCGAACCUCAAGUUGCACCAGCCUGCCGCGACCCGCGGUCGCAAUGCCAUCCCCAUUGUCAACCCUCUUACCGGUGCCACCAUGAGCAGCCCUCCUCCUUCCGUCUCUCCGGCCAGGAUGCAGCAGAUGUCUAUGCGGCGAUGGUAA